UAUAAAGACUGCUUGGCCGAUUUUCUCAUCGUCAUUUGGCACUGAAUAUCCUCGGCAGCGCGUGCAGUAUCGGCAGAAUGUCAAGGAUCGCGAUCCUCUUGCUCGUUGCGCUGCUCGUUGCAGUUGCAGUAGCACUUCCGGCGCACGCACCACAAUCUCAAGAUCUGCUAAGGGUAAACGGAGCAGCAGCACCGGAGCCCGCUCGUCUUAAACGCGCCUAUGGCGGAUACGGCGGCGGAUACGGCGGCGGAUUCGGCGGCGGAUUCGGUGGUUAUCACGGUCAUCGUGGAGGAUCACAUUAUCCCGGGGGAUCGCAUUAUCCCGGAGGAUCACAUUAUCCCGGAGGAUCACAUUAUCCCGGAGGAUCACAUUAUCCCGGAGGAUUCGGGCACCGAGGACACGGUGGUUUCGGCGGAGGCGGAUGCAGGGGAGGAUGCGGGGGAGGAUCUCACUAUCCCGGCUUCGCUAACAGCGGGGCCAAUGCCGGUUCAAUAAGCACGCCGUUUGGCAGUGGCUCCUUCGCGCACUCGUUUGCCAAUUCUGGUGGAUAUGGACGAUGAGGAACAUAAAGAACCGACUAUCAUUGAGAAUGGACUUACGUUACGAUAAAUUGUUUUGUGCUCUUAUUGUAUGGAUAAACGCUCGUACUUUAACGCGGAAUAAAUUUAUUUAAACAAAAUGUAAAA